GACAUCAUGAGCUGGUCCUUGCACCCCCGGAGUUUAAUUCUGUAUUUCUACACUGUCUUAUUGCUCUCUUCAACAUGCCUGGCAUAUGUUGCUACCAGAGACAACUGCUGCAUCUUGGAUGAAAGAUUUGGUAGUUUUUGCCCCACAACCUGCGGAAUUGCAGAUUUCCUGUCUACUUACCAAACCAAUGUAGACAAUGAUCUACAGACUUUGGAAGACAUUCUGCGUCAAGCUGAAAACAGAACAUCAGAAGCCAAAGAACUGGUCAAAGUGCUCCGAGCCAGCUACGAUCCUGAUGAACCACCAAAGCCAAAUAAGAUAACGAGUGCUACUAAGGAAUCCAAGAAAAUGAUGGAAGAAAUUAUCAAAUAUGAAGCACUGAUUGUAACACAUGCAUCAAGUAUUCGAUUUUUGCAGGAUAUAUAUAAUUCAAAUAAUCAAAAGAUCAGUAACCUGAAACAGAAGGUAGUCCAGCUUGAAGAACAGUGCCAGGAACCUUGCAAAGACACAGUACAAAUACAUGACACAACGGGGAAAGAUUGUCAGGACAUUGCCAAUAAGGGAGCCAAAGAGAGUGGGCUUUACUUCAUCAAACCUAUGUCAGCUAAGCAGCAGUUCUUAGUCUACUGUGAAAUUGAUGGGUCUGGAUUUGGAUGGACUGUGCUUCAGAAGAGGCUUGACGGCAGUUUGGAUUUCAAGAAAAAUUGGAUUCAGUAUAAAGAAGGGUUUGGACAUCUGUCUCCUACUGGCACCACAGAAUUUUGGCUGGGAAAUGAGAAGAUUCAUUUGAUAAGCACACAGUCUGCCAUCCCAUAUGUAUUGAGAGUGGAGUUGGAGGACUGGAAUGGGAGAACCAGUACUGCCGACUAUGCCUCGUUCAAGGUGGCACCUGAAACUGACAAAUACCGCCUGACAUAUGCCUACUUCAUUGGUGGAGAUGCUGGAGAUGCCUUUGAAGGUUUUGAUUUUGGUGAUGAUCCUAGUGACAAGUUUUUCACAUCCCACAAUGGCAUGCAGUUCAGUACCUGGGACAAUGACAACGACAAGUAUGACGGCAACUGUGCCGAGCAGGAUGGAUCUGGUUGGUGGAUGAACAAGUGUCAUGCAGGCCACCUCAAUGGAGUUUACUACCAAGGUGGUACUUACUCAAAAACAUCUACACCUAAUGGUUAUGAUAACGGUAUUAUUUGGGCCACUUGGAAAUCACGGUGGUAUUCCAUGAAGAAAACCACCAUGAAGAUAAUCCCACUCAACAGAUACUCCGCUGGAGAAGGACAGCAACACUUCCUUGGGGGAGCUAAACAGGCUGGAGACGUUUAAAAGAGCACUUCAACAGUGAUUUACUUUUUUUUAAAGGACUUUAUCUGAACAGAAAAAUAUAAUAUUUUUCCUGUGGGACAAUGGACUUGCAAAGUCUUACAUCAUUUUAAGAGUAAAAACAACGACCCAUAUUGAAAACUCCACUAACAGUUUUAUUUUGGUGAUAAUUUAUCUACAUGCCAUUGCAAUAAACAUUUUGUUUCCUAAGACUAGA